AUGAUCAAUACGACAACCAAAAGAGAGGAAAGCUUUCUGACCACAAAAGUAUCUGAUCGUGUGAUUACAGUUGAAAAUGAAUAAAGAUCGACUUACAACUUUGUUAGAAGAAAUUAUUUGACAACUACAUUUGCCACACUUGCAGGCAGACAAUCAAAUGGAGUCUAUAAUGUUGCUUUCAAUACCCCAUGUUGCCAACCUUGUCCAUAGCCUUGUCCACAACCUUAAGCAAUGCCCAUGCCAAUUUAUAUUCCAAUGCCAUAUCCAUAAUAAUGUGAAAAGGAGUGCCAUUGUGAAGAAGAAGAAUAAUAUAAGGAGGAAGUUCUUAUAUUGAGACAAAGAGUGGCUGAAUUAUUAAACAGAUAGCCAUAAGUAAAAGUAGAAAAAGAGACAGUCAAAGUUGAAAAUACAACUAGAAUAGCAGAUUUGUCUAUGGAAAUAGAGAGAUUAAAAAUCAAUCUUAGAAAUGAAUAGGAUAGAUUGAGAUAAAAAGAGGGAGAAUAUUUGGAAUUGAGAAGUGACAAUUCAUCAUAAUCUUUGAAAGAUAGGUUGGCAAUCUUAGAAAGUUAAUUAUACAAUUCAAAAUUGGAUUUAGAAAAACUAUAAGGCCUUCUUCAAGCAAAGCUUUAAGAAUUAGAUGAAUGGGAAUAAAGAUAUCACCAUAUGGAAAGCACUGUCACUGUAGAAAGUACUGAAACUGUGACUUUAACUAAUGAAGUUGAAGUUUGGAAGUCAAGAUUUAAGAAAUUAAACAAUGACUUUUUUGAAACAUAAGAAAAAUUGAUUAUGGCAUAAGCUGAAUUAGAAGCACUUAAAAAGGGCGGUGUCACUGAAGUUAAAUCUGUGACUGUCCAAUAGAAUGUGACUAGUUCCUCUGUAAACAGAGUAAUUGAACAAUCCUCAAGAGGAUCUAGAAUCGUUGAUCCAAAUCUGGUCGGAAAACUAUAUCCCUGAAAGCUUUUGAAUCAUAAGUGAAAAGACAAUAUA